AUGUCAAAAGAAACAGAAGGUCCGCGACAGCUCAGACAAGGCCCCGCUAUUGGCCGUCGUUUUGAUAACCUUACCCCUGUUGUUUGUGAAAUUACAUCUAGAUCCCUGGUUAUUAUCACUCAAGAUUCAACCUACGAGAAGUCUGGUGGCGUCUCGUUUUCACUUAUUGUCUCUCAGAGCCUCUAUACACCCUGGCAUUCUAACCUUAGGGACCUCCCUCGGUUCAUCUCGUUAUCCUAA